AUGAAUAAUAGCAAGGCUUAUACAAGUCUCCAGAAUAAUCCAAUAACUGCAGCUACAAGGACGUCUAAUCAGCCGACAGAACACCUCUCAGUAUUUAGUCUUGAACGUGUUAAUCUUGAGUCAUAUCAGUUAGUGUGGUUAGGUUCAAACAUUAAUAGUAUUGAAGAAGGCUACAGUACAGUUACCGUAAAAGGUCUUCGAAAAAUUGUUGAUUAUACAAAAUUAUUUGAUAAUGUUAAUAGAUGUAAAGCAUAUAUUCAACAAACAAAUGAUACAAUAACAUUUUUAGUUUGUUCAGAGCAAUUAGGAGAAAUAUUUAUUCCUCAGAUUCAUGAUCUUGAAAAUAUUUGGUCAAUUUAUAUUUAUUGUAAUAAUAAAGAAUAUCAUCAACAAUGGACUACAAAAUAUUCAAAAAUAAAGCAAGUGCAUAUAGCGCUUGAAGAUUUAUUGAAUGACUUGACACAAAACGUACAGAAAUAUUUAAAAAACGAAAACUACCUCCUAUUUAGUGAAGCAGACUUAGAACUUACAAGUGAGAUUUUAUUGGACAAACAAUCUACCAGAACAUUAUUAUGCGAUAUUCUUUGCUAUUUACCAUAUCCCGAAAAUUAUUGCCAUAAACUUAUUAAUUUAUUAAAAGUAUAUUAUAAUGGAAAUACUGCACAGUUACGUAUAUUACAAGAAUUUGAACGUGAUUAUAGACCAGAUAGAGCAAUUUCAUGGUAUACACGUGGUACAUGUUUAUUUAAUCUCAUAAAUAAAGCAUUUCGUCAAAAUAAUAUUGAGCUGGUAUUUUUAUUUGGAUUUUUUCUACAAGAUCUGUAUCGACAAUUAAAAGAAGAACAUAAAAAAUUCAAGAAAGCAACCAUAGAGAAUCCACUAAUAAAAGUAUAUCGUGGUCAAAUAAUACGUAAAAGAGAAAUUGGAAGACUUAUUCAUUGGCGUUCUUUUUACAUAGCGGCCAAUAGUGCUUUCUCAACGGCUCUUGAUCGGUCUGUUGCAUUGGCUUUUUUAAAUCAAUCGGCACAACCAAAUGAUGAAUUUCAAAGUGUUUUAUUUGAAAUUGAAAUUGAUGUUCGAUUAACAACUCGUCCAUUUGCCAAUAUUUCACAUUUAAGUAAUUUUUCCGAUGAAUUAGAGAUUUUAUUUAUAAAUAGAACAGAAUUUAAAUUAGAACAUAUUUUUUAUAAUGAAGAUGAAAAUAUUUGGAUUGCUACAUUGAAACUGAUUAAUGAUGACGAUAUGAAAAGCCCAAAGGAGUUUGAAAGUACAACUAAGAGAAAAUGUUUAAAGAAUUGUCUUAGUGCAUUGUAUGAUCCUGAAUCUGAUUACAUACGCGAAUCUAAAAUAAUAAUUAUAUUUUUAAAUAAAUUAAGUGACUUAUUUCCAUCAGAAAAAUGGAUUUUAGCAUUUAAAUUUUAUUAUAUUGGAAGUAAUGAAUCACAAGACACAAAACAAACGGGAUUCGAUUUGGCAUUCUCGAACUAUGAAGAAGCAUUGAAAAUUUGGUUUGAAUAUGUAGAAGAUGAUGAACUAAAUUGUUCUAUGGACAAGGGUGUAAUUCAUCAAAAACUUGCCGAUCUAUAUGUUCACAUCAAAAAUAAAAAUUUAGCUUAUAAUCAUUACAAUUUAUCUAUUUCUUAUUAUCAAUCAGCAAUUAAAAAAGCAGUUACAGAUUGUGAACGAUUAUAUGCAAUAUAUCAAUUAAGUCAGGUGUACGACAAAAAAGCAAAUCUAAAGAAAAAUGAACAAGACAUUUUGGUGGCUAUAAAAUACAGUGAAUUAUAUGUAAAAAAUAUGUUACAAUUUCGUUCACCUAAUAGUUUAACAGUAGCAAAUUGUUUUAAACUUUUAGCUAUUCUAUAUCGAUCGACAUCUAUCGAUAAUGCUUUGAUUAAUUUUCAAAGAGCUUUGAAGAUUCACACAAAACGAGAGAAAUUAGAUACAUUAGAAAUUACUUCGCUUUGUAAACAAAUAAUUGAUAUCUAUAUGCACUAUAAACAUGAUUAUCGUUCAGCACUUAAAUAUCAAUUAAUUAAUCAGGAACAUAUAAUGAAACAAAUUGUCCAGUCUACAGCUACGUUACUUAAAAAAUAUCAUUUAGCUGAGAGUUAUGUUAAACUAUCUGAUAUUUAUGUACUAUUAAAUGAGAAUGAUAAAGCUUAUGAAAAUCUAAUUAAAGCAAUGGAAUUACAUCAAGAAAGCGAUCUAAUCUCCUUCGCUAAAGGGAACAUUGCAGAUAUUGAAGUAAAAUUGGCUCAUAUUCAUGUGAUAUCCAAGGAAUAUGACUUAGCUAAUGAAUGUUUAAUAAGUGCAAUAAAACUUUAUAAAGAAAGUUCAUCAGACUGGUCUUACAAUCGAAAAUGGGUACGCUGUUUAGCAGCGUGGUUAUUGGCUUGCUUGAUUACCUGGUGGUACGCACUAUACAGUGGAGUGGGAUUACGGGAGCCAUUGUUUUCGAUCAACCUAUGGAAAAAAUAG